UUCAAUUCAUCGGGCAGCCUGACCUGCAGCUUCCCUAAACAUGAGUCCAUCGGAUACACAGGCUUCACUAACUCAAACUAGUCGAACUACUUCUUCUUUUGGAUUUGAUUGUUUUUUGUUUCAUAAGUGAAGUACUGUUGGGAAGUAAUGGAAUUCAUUUAUAUCGGGAGUCGCUCAUUGAGGAAAGGCUGAUCAACUUCACGCAUGACACCGCAGCACAUCAUGAUGGAUGAAACAUAGCCUACAACGGGGAAUACAAAUAACUGGAAGGCUCUUUAAGAAGGCGACUGGAGACUUGCAAGAUUGGCAGAACCCAUUAAGAAGCAGUCAGUAAAAGCAUAUCCUGGCACAGCUACAUCCAAGAAUGAGGAUCAAAUACACAAUACCCAUUGUCUUUUUCGUGGCACUUGUUAUCAUUGAGAAGGAAAACAACAUUAUCUCAAGGGUGUCAGAUAAGCUUGCCUUAAAGCAGACCCCCCAAACCCCUCUACAGCCCAGUGGUUUAUCCCACAUACUGCCGAAGCACAAUGGUUCACUUAGCAAGAUGGACUCUGCCUUUACGCUGAUAAAACGGCGCCUGGAGAACUACAGCCAGCACCAGGAGGUGGUGACAAGGGGUAGGAAGCACAUCCUCCUGCUGGCCACCACCAGGACGGGUUCCUCGUUUGUAGGAGAGUUUUUCAAUCAGCAGGGCGCCAACAUGUUCUUCCUGUUUGAGCCGUUAUGGCACGUGGAGAAGAUGUUGACGCUAGACACUGGUGGCACCAACGCCACAGCGUCAGCCAAGGCGUACCGGGACGUGCUCCAGCAGCUCUUCCUGUGUGACUUCUCCCUGCUGGAGAGCUUCAUCAAGCCUCUUCCUGUGGACCACAUCACCACCGGCCUCUUCCGCAGGGAGUCCAGCAGCUCUCUGUGCGAGGAGUCGGUCUGCAGUCCAGUCAUCAAGGGGGUCUUUGAGCGUUAUCGCUGCAGGACCAGGCGCUGUGGGCCCUUGAACCUGACCAUGGCAUCUGAGUCCUGCCUCCAAAAGGAGCACAGGGCCAUCAAGUCAGUGAGGGUGCGUCAGCUGGAAAACCUCCGACCUCUGGCUGAGGACCCACGCCUGGAUUUGAAGUUCAUUCAGCUUGUUCGGGACCCUCGAGCUGUACUGGCCUCCCGCAUGGUGGCAUUUGCUGCUAAGUACAAGAACUGGAAGCAGUGGGCUAUUGAUGGUGAUGUGCCGAUUGAUGAUGAUGAGGUGAGAAAGCUGAAAGGGAACUGCGACAACAUCAGGUUGUCUGCAGAGAUCGGUCUCAGACAGCCACCGUGGCUGCGAAGGCGUUACAUGCUGGUGCGAUACGAGGACAUUGCUCGGUUCCCAAUGAAGAAGGCAACGGAGAUGUACAGGUUUGCUGGAAUCCCGUUCACACCACAAGUGAAAGCCUGGAUACUAAAGAACACCCAGGCCUCCAAGGAGACCAGUGGUGUUUACUCCACACAGAAAAACUCCUCAGAACAAGUAGAGAAAUGGAGGUUCAGUUUACCAUUCAAAAUAGCCCAGGUUGUACAGAAAGUGUGUGGGCCAACGCUGAAGCUUUUUGGGUACAAGUUUGUAAGCAGUGAAGAAAUGCUAACAGACAAAUCUAUCAGUUUGAUUGAGGACAAAGUGUUCAACUUUUUAUAGCAUUGACUCACAUGAACUCUGAAUCCUAAUGCCGGAAAAUACAACCUUUUUGUAAAUGACUGUUAUUUAUCAGGCUAUUUUAUGUUGAUACAGAGAGCUUUAUAUUGUAUGAUGGUGUGCUAUUUAAAGUUAUUUUGUAUUUAGAAUUGUAUAAUGAAGAAAAUGUUUUGUUGAGCAGAAAAUCCCUAUAACUAUUGAGGCAAGGGUGUAUAUUAAGAAUUGACAUAGGUUUAUAGCAUGGGGGAAAAAGGAAAGCUAUAUUUGUUUUUUGCACUCUAUUUUCUCUGUCAAACUGUAUUGUUUGCUUGUCCAGCAACCCUAUCCCAAUUUAAACCCUUCAAAUAUAGGAAAGUCCUGAGGGAGACAGCUAUCAGUUAGUGCACAAGAAUGAACUGUUCCAGGAACCUCGGUUAUUUUUGUUCAGCAACUUCAGUUAGCAAAACAGUAGGCUGCUUUUACACCAAAGAAACUUGAAAUGAAAUGUUUAUGCAUAGCCAAAAAAUUGUAGCUUUGAAUAGUAACGGUAAUGGCGGGAAAGAGGAAAUACCAAUGUUUUGCCAGGUAAUUUUUGCGCAUGAGAUUUAGAAGUUAUAGCUAAUUUUAUUUAAUUCUUGUCUUUGCUUUAAAUCGUAAUGACUCCAGCUCUGAACGUGGUCCACAGGUUCAACUCCCCCUCUGAAGGGAUACUUUUCUUGCACACGCAAACUGUUGUUAGCUGUAUAUGCAUGUUUGUAAUUGGACACAAGAUGUUUGAAGUUGUCCUCUGGAUUGAAAUGAACAAUUCUAUGAACAAUUCUGAAAAAACAGAUGUUUACACUGCUACUGUAUGGAAACAUUCCAACUGCAGCUGGUUUGCAGGAUUAUGCAAGGUUUGUCGGCAGGUCUGUCUGUUGACACAAGUCUCUUAGCUGGUGAUAAAAAGAGGCCCUGGUUCUCUGGCCUGCCACACUUUUUGCUGGUGUUUCAGUUUGUUCCUUUUGCAUUUUUUUGUUGUUGCAAUAAACCUACUUUUACAUUU